GUUUAUCUUAAUGUUUUUAAAACUCAAAACUUUUUUUCACAGAAACUUAUUGACGCAACAACAACAUCAAAACAUUUUCUAUCUUUCACUGUUCAACAAAACAACAACACAAAAACAACAAAAACAAAAAACAUGAGUUGCGGCUCUCCACUAUUAACACCAGAACAACGUUCAAACUUGCUUCAACCUUUAAUUACAGAAAAGGGUUGGAAAAUAACACCUGGCAGAGACGCUAUACAAAAAGAAUUUAAAUUUGAAGAUUUUAAUGAAGCUUUUGGUUUUAUGACUCGUAUAGCUUUAAAGGCUGAUAAGAUGAAUCAUCAUCCAGAAUGGUUUAAUGUUUAUAAUAAGGUUGAUAUAACUCUAAGUAGUCAUGAUGUGCAAGGGAUAUCAGAAAGAGAUGUUAAAUUAGCUACAUUUAUUGAAAAAUGUUUUAAAUAA